CCCUCCCUCUAUUCCCCCCAACGCCCGACAAAAAACAUCGCGAGGUCUUGUAAGCGCAGAGUCAACGCGGGGACAAGACAUCAAGCACGAUGAAGUACUCCCUGAACGCAGUCGCCCUUGCGGCGCUCUCCAGCUUCGCGGUAGCCAAGGAAAUAGCUCCCGAUGAGACGCUGGCCGCGGAGGUUUUCGACAGCGGUGUCCGACAUGAACAUAUCAUGUCCACCAAGAUGGCGUACUGGGACAGCCGAAGGGAACAAGGUCUCUUUGACUCCACCCAAUACAAGAGCAUGAAUGCUUCUGUCGACAAAGUCGCUUGCGUGAACGGAAUCGCUGAACUCGUGGCCGGCGACCCGCUCUACACAUUCAAGUGCAGCAAGCUCGACCUAUACGACUUCCAGUCACACGCCGACCUCGGUAGCAACGGCGGUGAGGGUGCCGGCUCAUGGGGUUGGACCAGCCCGGAAGGCCGCGAGUUCGUCGCCAUCGCGCAAUCCGACGGUGCUGCUUUCGCCGAGAUCAGCCCCGAAGGUAAACUGAUCUACCUCGGCCGCCUGCCGCAAUACCCGGACGCCGAACCAUCGCUAUGGCGUGAAAUCAAGGGCUACAAGAGCUACAUCGUCAUCGGUAGCGAGGCCUACAACCACGGUAUCCAGGUCUUCGACUUGGCUAAGUUGCUUACCGUCGACCCGGCUAGCCCCAUAACCUUCAACAACGAGGACGACAUUUCGUUCUUCAAUGGACUUCCCGCUGGUCGCUCGCACACUGUUCAGACUAACGAGGAGGCCGGCUACGCCGUUGCCUCUGGUGCGCAGCCGCGUAACUCGUCUUGCGCUUCGGGUCUUAUCUUCAUCGACCUCUCCGACCUGUCGAACCUAACCUCGCCCGGUUGCGCCGCUGCUGACGGCUACGUACACGAUGCGCAGUGCCUGAUCUACCGAGGCCCCGACGAGAAGUACGUGGGUGAGGAUAUCUGCUACGGAUACAACGAAGACACGUUGACGAUCUACAACGUCACGGACAAGGCGAACGCGAGCAUCAUCUCGCGCAUCUCGUAUGAGGGUGCGAGUUACACGCACCAGGGUUGGGUUCUCGACACUCAAUGGCAACAGUACCUCGUCCUCGAUGAUGAGUAUGAUGAGUACGACCACGCCGGCUUGGGCGAGCCGGGGUAUCCGAUUACGUAUAUCUGGGAUAUCUCGUCGCUAGAGGCGCCGAAGCAGACGGGUUACUAUAGAGCCUCGCGCAAGGGUAUCGACCAUAACCAAUUUGUCAACGGCGAUUUCGCAUACCAGAGCAAUUACGGUGGCGGUCUGCACAUUCUUGACAUUUCGUCCAUCCCGUCCGACCCCACUGGCAAGAGCGUUACUGAGGUCGCUUACUUCGAUAUUUACCCUGAGGAUGAUAACGAGGAGGGAGGCGGACAAGUGGAGUUUCAGGGCACUUGGUCGCACUACCCAUACUUUAAGAGCGGGUACAUUAUGAUCAACACGAUUGAGCGUGGUGCGUACGUUGUUAAGUUGACUGAGUAGAAGCGUGUUUAACGUUAGAUGGAAUUGGAAUCCGUCGGUGGACUGUUUAUAAAGUCGGAUACUU